AGAUGGGCAGGGAUAUAUGAUCGGCUGUUUUCCCUGCAUGUGCUGUGGUUUUGUAGAUCUUUUUCGUUCUCUUGAAUUUACUUCCAUAUCUUUCCUUCGUUGAUCUUUUUGGAUACUGGACUUGAGGAAUAAAAGAUGUCGGCUACACACCACGCACGCGAUGUGGAUGUAGAGGAGAAGCAGGUGUAUGAUGCCACUAUCCACGAUGUCAAGGAUGUGCCCAGCGAUGGUGCUUCCUCUAUCGAUACGAUCACCGCUUUGGUGAAUGAAGACCACACCCACGAAAUCCAACUACGCACAAUGUCCUGGCAAAAAGCCGCCUGGCUCCUCUGCGGCGACCAAGUCUGCCUGGCCAUAAUGGCACAAUCCUGGUCUCUAUCCGUCCUCGGCUGGGUCCCCGGCAUAAUCACCAUGCUCAUUUCCGGCAUCCUCUUCUACAUCACCUCCCUCACCAUGCACAAAUUCAUCAUGAAGAAUCCUCAAAUCAAAGAUAUUUGCGACUUCGGCUACUACGCUUUCGGCAAAUCCAGGAUCGCUUACGAGUUUACCGGAUUCAUGCUGCUGGCGAAUAAUAUCUUGCUCAUUGGGUUUCAUGUCUUGACCGGAGCCAAGAUUUUGAACACGUUGAGUGAUCACAGUAUGUGUACCGUCAUCUUUUCGGUCAUUGUCACGGUUAUGGGGAUUGUGAUGAGUGUGCCGAGGACGUUGAAACAUGUUUCUUUUAUGAGUAUGUUCAGUGCCGCGUGUAUGGGCAUUGCCAUUCUGCUUUUCCUCGUUUUUGUCGGCAUCGAGGAUGCGCCUGGGUAUGGGUAUUCUGGGGUUUAUCCCAAGGCUGGUCCUGUCAAGACUUAUGCUUUCCCUCCUGCUGGAACCACUUGGGUCGCUUGCAUGAAUGCUGUUUUGAACAUUACGUUCCUCUGGGUGCCGCAGAUUCUGUUCCCUUCUUUCAUCGCUGAGAUGGAGCGGCCUCAGGAUUUCCCAAAGGCGCUGACCGUGCUGGCUGGAAUCUCUGGAUUCUUGUUUAUUGUGCCUCCGGCUAUUGGAUUCAGGUAUCUUGGACAAUAUGCUACCGCUCCUGCUUUUGGUAGUUUGGGAGUUGUGGUUUACAAGAAGGCGAGCUUUGCGUUUGUCAUUGUGCCUACGCUUGUUAUUGGUGUGAUUUACGCCAAUGUUUCGGCCAAGUUCGUGUACCACCGUAUCAUGGGCAAGUCGCGCCAUGCACACAGUAACACUGUUAUCGGUUGGGGCGUGUGGGUUGCAGUCAUGGCUUGCAUCUGGUUCGUCGCCUUCAUCUUCUCCGAGAUCAUCCCCAGCAUGGGCGAUUUCCUGUCCCUCCUCGGCGCCGCUUUCGACUCCUUCUUUGGCUUCAUCUUCUUUGCUGUUGCGUACUGGCAAUUGUACAGUGGCAAGCUGUUUGCUGGUGCUGGAAGAAGCGUCAUGACUGUCGUUCAUGUGUUUGUCAUGAUUUGUGGCUUGUUCCUUUUGGGACCGGGGUUGUAUGCUGCUGUGGAGGCCAUAAUUGACGAUUACAGCGGUAGCACUCGUCCGGCGUUCGCUUGUGCGAAUUUGUCGAUUUGA